AUGAAGUCUCUCUCGCUCCUGGCGCUCGCUUCGAUCGCUUUCGGUGCUGUCCACGCUCAGGACAGCAACGUCAACACCGAGACGGGGACCGUAGAGCUGCCCACGAGCGUGUACUCUACCCUGAUCUCGAUGAGCUCUUCCGGCUCCGGCCCCUACGCCUGCACGACCGCCACGACCACAUCUUCCACGCCCAUCACCUUGUCUCCGCCCGCCUCGCUGACGUCGUCCAGAUGGCCAAGCGAUGGGUCGACAUUUAUCAGCGUGACGAGCACGGUGCCGGAGACCACGACGACGGCCAGCGGAGAGACUACGACAGCUACGAACGGGACGACAACUUCCAACGCGGCUACGAUCCCGACGAGUCGCUCGAGUGGAGGGUCCAGCACCCGCUCCUCCACUAGCACAAGCGCUUCGCCGAGCACGACAGACGGUGGGGAUAACGAUGCUGCAGUGGGGCUGCAAGCAUCUUUAGGGUGGGGAUUGCUCAUUAUGCCGGUGAUCUUUAUGCUUGGAAAUUGA